AUGUACCAAAUGCAAAGUAUUUUGACAGCAUGUUUUGCUCCAGAUACCAAACAUACAGACGAUUGGUUCAAAAACCAAAGCACACAAGAACUUUUGAGCGAAGCACAGCGAGACCGACUUUUUUCUGGGUCGCCUAAAACUCAUGAAAAUCGUAAAAAUUUGCCAAAUGGUUUGAGAGGAUAUUAUGUACAUAGACUUCUUGUAAAUGCUGUUGCAAUGUGGGCUUCGCCUCGUUAUGCUUGGUAUAUUUACAGACUUCUUGACGAAAUUCAUAGACAAGAACGUGAAGAGAUGGAAAACAAGCUUGAAGCAAAAGACAAAAGCAUUCAGAAAAGAAUACCACGUUCGGUACCAAAAGGUAAGGAAAAGAACUAUAAGUAUAUGAUUUAUACUGAAGAGAUGGAAAAUGAAGAAGAUAAAGAUAUGGUUAUGUUGCAUUUAGUCAGAAGAAACAACAAAAGCUUUUACGACCUUGCUAAGAUUUACAAAUCUGACAGAAAUUGGUUCUAUCGCGAAAACUUACCGAUUUCAAUGACACCAAAUGAAGAUGUGAAACAAAUAGUUCAAGAUACGUUACCUCAAACACA